AUGCCCUCCUCAACUUCACCUUUCAGCUCAUUUGGCGAUGGCUCUGGAUCCUCUUCCAGCAAGCCGCUCUUCUACCUCCGUGAUGUUACAUCUCCGUCCUUAUUUUCCCAGACACAAUCCCCCGAUACAGAGCUCGACAUACUCCCCAAGCUCGUUCAGUCUCCAAGACCAGCUUACAUCCGUCAUCUCAGUACUCCUACAUCGUUCCUUUCUGAGGAGCCGUUGGGUCUCUUGCAGAUCCCUGCGGAUUCUCCCCCAGGCGCGAACGAUUCAGAAGAUUACGGCGGGCCAACGCGCGCUAGCAUCCGCGCUUGGGCGAAGGCAACCCCCGCGGGACCACCCAAGAAAUCGUCGACUCGGACCGCGCUCAACCUACCGCAGUCCGGCUCAGACGACAGCCUCGUACAUUCAAACACCACUCGGGCAGUGCGCGACCUACCAGUGUCUGCGGAGAGCAGCAUCCAACGCACGAGCAGUCAGUCCGGGGACAAUAGCCCGGGGAUUGACCGGGAGGAGAGUUCAGGGGAUGCUGCGGAUGGCGAGAGCUCGGGGAGUGAGCAAAACUCCGCCUCGCCCCUCACAAGUAGCCCGUCUCCGGACAAGGUGAAGCUCGCAGCGCAGCGUGAGCUCACUGCUCCCCACCCGCAUCCCCGUCCUCCUUCACCGUCAUCAAAUGCUCAACCCAUUGCGCAUCCACAACCCCAGCCAGCCUUUACGAGACCCUCUGCUGAUGUACACCAGUACUCAACCGCCCAUCCUCACUCACAUGCCCAUGCCCAUGCUCACGCCCACGCCCACGCCCAUUCUCAUGCCCACCCCUAUCCUCAUGCCCACUAUCCCUCCUCGCACUCCGGAUCCAGCCCCGAAUCCUCGUCCCCAGACCAAAUCGCCGCCCGAGCGCCGGCCUCGAUCCCAGACCCGACGCCUACGCAUGCGGAUUUACUUGAACACCCAGAGCAACGCCACCACCGGCGGCGGCCUCGGGAACGAGAGCGGGAACGAGAGCGGGAACGCGACCGGGAGAGGCGAACACGUCACCCCAAGCCACCCGGGGUCAAGGUCGUUUCCAUGCCUGCGCUCCCGCCCCUCCGUCCGCUCCGUCCACCACCUCCCCCGCUCCCCAUGCGUGCGCUGCCGACCUUCUCGCCGCGCACGAUCUCGGUGCCGAUCCCCUCCGAAGCGGGCAACAACAUCUUCAAGGAGAUCGAGAACAUGCUCAAGACGACACGCAAGCCGCUGCUCCGCGUGCACCGGGAGAUGGACCCGAACGAGGACGAUAUGGGCUGGGCGCCGUUCCCUACGGGCCGCUCCCGGUCCAAUGGCUCGACGCCUGUGCGCCGCGAGAACGACGUGCUUGAGGACAUCCGGACGAUGGUUCACUGGUCGCUCCGGUAG